CCGCUCCUGGCCAAUGGAGGGGGAGUCAGGAACCUGGGUCCGAUCGCACUAGGACGCGUCUGGUGAAGACAGAGGGCGUUAGAGGCGCGGGCGCCUCGAGGCGCCAGGCUCCGGAAGAGGAAAAUGGCGGUUUUAGGGUCCCCGGCGCGCACCUUGCGAGGUCUUCUGCGGGAGUUGCGCUACCUGAACGCGGCCACCGGGCGACCCUAUCGCGACACCCCGGCCUAUCGGUACCUCAUGAAGGCUUUCCGUGCUCAUCGGGUCACCAGUGAGAAGCUGUGCAGAGCCCAACAUGAACUGCAUUUCCAGGCAGCCGCCUACUUGUGCCUCCUGCGCAGUGUCCGAGCACACCUGGCCCUGCACCAGGAGUUUCACGGCAAGGGCGAGCGGUCAGUGGAGGAGUCCGCAGGCUUGGUGGGUCUCCAGUUGCCCCGACAGCCUGGAGGGAAGGGCUGGGAGCCAUGAGCCUGGAGAGAUGCUUUGGAUGCCAUUGUCUGAGGAGAGCUUAAUCAUUUCUACCAAUAUGUAUUUAACAUUAAAUUUUUUUUUAAAGUUUA